GCCAUUGAUGGAGCAAUCGUCGACGAUGAGUGAAGGAUCCCUAGAAUACAAUAAAUAGAAAAAAUAACUGUCCUUCACUUGAUGGUUGGAAGAAGCAUAUUGAUUCUAGGAACCCUAGGAUUGAAAAAUGUGAUGGAAUCUUGGAUAAUCUUGUUGGGUCACUUCAUCUUCCAAAGGUCAAAAAAGUCUCCCAAUGGGAAGGUUUUGAUGCAAGCUAUGUAUGGAGUAAAGGUUCAGACAGUAUUUGUAUAUAGUGUGUUUGCAGCGGCUUUUUCAGGCUCGACUAAGAAGUUGAUAGAUUUGGAUGUGGCUGAAAUAUAUACAUGGUCCCCAGAAUUUAAAAAUUUGCAAAAUUUUGUAAUUGAGAAAGUUAGAGUUAGAUUUUCUAGUGGGCAAUUUACUGUGUUGAAGGAGUUGGAAGCAGUUGAUUCUGCUGUUAAGGAAUUAUACCCAAUUAUCCUUGAUGUGGUGGAACCCAUUGAGAUAGAAUUGGAUCUGAAGACUUAUGAGCAAUUAGGCAGAGCGACAGAAAAGCUUUCAGAAGGAUUAGAUCUUCUUGCAAAAGGAGUGGAUGGCUUUUUCCAAGUGGUCUUGAGUGGUCAUGAUGCCUUACUAUCUAAUCUUAGAUCAGGUGGAACUGUCUAUGACCGUGGCUCCGGGGGUAAUAUAGGUGUGCAAGCAGUCAAUUGAAUUUCUUGCAGCCUGACCCUGGUACAUACUAAAGCAUAUAGGUACUUAUUUUUCCAUUUUAUGAUUGAUGUUUUUCAAUCUUGUUUGGCUUAUUAUGGUGUCCAAGUUAGCAUGAGUAAUAGGUUAUAUGGUUGUUCGAUGGUGCUAAAAUGUAUAUGUCUAUUGCUAUGUGUAAUUGCAUACAAUAAUAUAUAUAUAUAAAUAUAAGAAAGUUGUAUUGUGCCCAAAGAUGUUUAUUCCUGUGUGAUCUGGCAAAUCAUUGUAGUCAUCAGCUCAUGAAAUCUCUGGCUAUCCAUUUCCCUUCUGGCAGCAAGUGUCCUCUUGUGAGUUGUGACGUGUUUUGUACUUAUGUUACUCAUAUAGCAUGUUAUUAUACAUUUAUGUUAUUUUUUGUUGGUGAGCUUGCAUUUA